AUGGCAGGAAAAAGGAUGCCGUUUCUCUUCUUUCUUCUUUCUCUAUCCUUUUUUGCAACCAGCACGGCAGUCCCCGCCAUCUUCAUAUUCGGCGACUCGACGGCCGAUGUGGGAAACAACAAUUUCUUGUCUAAUACCAUCUCAAAGGCCGAUUUCCCACACAACGGUAUCGAUUUCCCCCAUUCGAGGCCGACUGGGAGGUUUAGCAAUGGUUACAACAGCGCGGAUUUUCUCGCCAAACUGCAUGGUUUUAGGAGGAGCCCACCAGCUUUUCUCUCUCUUCCCAACGCCUCGUUUCGCAAGAAAUUCUUCACGGGAGUAAAUUUCGCCGGUGGAGGGUCCGGGCUUCUUGAAAUUACGGGAAUCAUUCUAGGAGAGGUCAUUUCCAUGAAGGAGCAGGUCGAGAAUUUUGCAAUGGUCUGCAGCAAUCUAACUGCUCAUAGGGGUUCAGAGGCUACAGAGAUGUUGCUGUCCAAGUCUCUCUUCCUGAUUAGCAUAGGAAGCAACGACAUCUUCCAAGAUUUCUUUUUUUAUGGUCCCACCAAUAGCGCUCAUAAGGAUAGGUUCAUUGCUCGUCUUGCUUCCGAGUACAAGGAUCACUUGAAGGUCAGUAACAUAUACAAACUUGGAGCAAGGAAAUUCGGCAUAAUAAGUGUCCCACCGAUCGGAUGUUGUCCUUAUCAACGGCUCAAAAAUGAUACCACCUGGGGCUGCUUGGAGGACAUGAAUGAAUCGGCCCGCAGGUUUUACCACGCCACUGAUGUGCUCUUGCGUGAGCUUAGUUCUGAAUUGAAAGGGAUGAAGUAUUCACUUGGAAAUGCAUAUGAAAUGGUAAUCGACGUAAUCGACCAUCCAGAUCGCCAUGGUUUUAAGAAUAUCACAAGUGCAUGUUGUGGAGGAGGAAAACUGAACGGUGAAACUGAAUGUGACCGGCAGGCCGACUUAUGUUCCAAUCGCCGCGAUUACUUGUUCUGGGACAUGUUUCACCCCACACAGGCUGCUUCCAAAAUGGCCGCUGAUACACUCUAUGCCGGGUUGCCGAGGUUCGUCACCCCAACCAAUUUCAAGCAGUUGGCUGAGAAUGAUAGCUAGCGAGACGUUAGA